AUGGCGCCGCCGCUGCAGCAGCAGCAGCAGCAGCAGCAGCAGCAGCAGCAGCAGCAGCAACUGCAGCAACAGCAGCAGCAGCAACUGCAGCUGCAGCAGAAACAUUCUGAGCAGCAGCAGCAAUACCUGCGCGCUGAGACCGGCAUCCCGCGUCCCCUCUUCUGUUUGCUUAUUGUUUUGCUGCUGCUGCUGCUGCAGCAGCACCUGCAGCAGCAGCAGCAGCAACGACAGCAACAGCAGCAGCAGCAGCAGACAGUGGGGGCUUGCUGCAGCAGCUUUGCUGCUGCAGCAGUCCUUGAGCCCGCGUUGAUUAGCUGCGGCCCCCGAGCUGCUGCUGCAUAUUCUCUACAGCCUGCAGCAGCAGCAACAGCAGCAGCAGCAGCAGCAGCAGCAGCAGGCCCAGCAGCAGCAGCAGCAACACCUUCUUUCUUGUUGCCUCGUUUAUUUCCCUUUGUGUUUCUGCGUUGUUAUAAAAACAAAUCCAAACAAAAACAAAAAACAAUUAUAAACAAACGCUCAGCAGCUGCUGCAGCUGCUGCAGCUGCUGCAGCGCAGCAGCAGACACUCACAGCAGUUUUGUGUUUCUGCGUUGUUAUAAAAACAAAUCCAAACAAAACAAACGCUCAGCAGCUGCUGCAGCUGCUGCAGCUGCUGCAGCGCAGCAGCAGACACUCACAGCAGCAGCAGCAGCUGCUGCUGCUGCAGCAGAAGCAGCAGCAGCAGGAGCAGCAGGAGUACCAGCAGCAACGGAGCCGCUGCUUAACUGCAGCAACAGCAGCAGCAGCAGCAGCAGCGAGUAAGCAUGGCAGCAGCAACAGCAGCAGCAGCAGCAGCAACAGCAGCAGCAGCGGCAGCAGCAGCAACAGCAGCAGCAGCAGCAGCAACAGCAGCAGCCCCUAUCGCCCCUCUCCUCCGCCCAUCAGCAGCAACCGGAGCAUCCGUUUCAGCAGCAGCAACAGCAGCAACAGCAGCAACAGCAGCAGCAGCAGCAGCAGCAGCAGCAGCAGCAGCAUUGCUGCUUUAGCUUCUUUGCCUCUUCGUUCUCUGUAUGGUAUUUCAACUACAAGAGAAGCAGCGCUGCAGCAGCAAGCGGGCUGCUGCAGCUGUCUUGAUCUGCUGCUGCACUUUCUCCCCGUUAAGUAUCUUCGUAUAAACACCGUCAGCAGCACAAAAGAACUAGAACAAGCAGCAGCAGCAGCAGCAGCAGCAGCAGCAGCUGCUGCUGCUGCUGCUGCUGCUGGUGCUGCUGGGAAGGGGACAGGCAGGAAGUAUCCCGCGGUCAUUGAUACUGCUGCUGCUGCUGCUGCUGAGGAGGAGAUGCAGCAGCAGCAGCAGCAGCAGCAGCAACAGCAGCAACAGCAGCAGCAGCAGCAACAAACGGAGACACCGCUACACCUGCAGGGAGGGCCUGUCUCCUUCGUGGGCUGCUUAGAGCGGGUAUACUGA